CAACGAUCAGAAAAUAUAAACAUUGGAAGUAUUUACUCUCACUUUGCUGAUAUUUAUCAGUACUAAGCAGCAAGUGGAAAGAAUCACACGUGAAUAUAUGAGAAUAAAUAGUAAAGCAAUUAAUUAACUAAUAAGAAGCCUUCAGUACAGAUUGAACACUGAGGUAUUACAUUGACAACACAACAGAACAAGGUUGUCACCCAAGAAUCAGAAGAAUGGCAGUUCACAAGAAAGAAAGCGAAAAUGGAUGGUUUUAUCAUGCCCCAGCAAAGAGACAAUCGAAUGAGCAAGUCUUUGCACCACCAGCAUCACAGAUUCCAGGACUAAGUGAUCUCGUUGGUGAACCAGAAGAGCCAAAGGGAAACUGGAUCAAGGAAACUGAUACCAAAUACAUCAGAAUGUGUAAAGCAGGAGGGAGGCCAGAUUUAUUACAAAUGAGAUCUCAAAAGCCAAAACCCAAAGAACCACAGGGAUACCCAAGAGUAGAUUGGUUCUACUUGGAAGAUAACAGAGCAGAAGAUGACGCUAUUCGAGCGAAUGAAAGAUGGGAGUUUAGCCUACCUGAAUACAUGGUGCACGACCAUUACCAACCUGAUGGUCCUGAAACGGACGGUACACUACCUUACAGACCAAAACGCCUACCAUAUGCUCGGGACACUAAAUCUAUUUAUGAAUCUGAGACAGUUGAUCCAACAAAGAAGGACGUCAAAAUUCCUGAACUGAAAAAACAGGGUUAUGGUGUCAGAACCGAGAAACUUGACAGACGCCCACAGCGGAUGGCAAAACAACAGCCAAAAGAAAAACCUAGGGUCCCCAAGGACCAACUUGAAUUGGAAAAGAACAGACCUAGAUAUGAAGCUAUGCCACUACCUAACAUAACAGAACGACCGAGCAUGCAGAAAAUAUUAGCCUACAGUUAUCAAAGAGACUGGAAAAGCAAUGUAGACACAUAUCAAGCUGAACAACAGAAACUUAAAGAACAAUUUGAGAAAAUGGGUUUUAGAGAAGAAAGAAAAAACACUGAAUAUAGUGAACAAAUCAGCAAAUCUGCUGGUAAAUCCAAACAAAAUACAAUGGCACCAAAACAAACAAGAAAAAGCAGUGCAGCUCAAGAGAAGAAAAUGCAAGAAUUAGAAGCUCAGAAAAUACAAAAAGACUUGUUUAAACUGAAUAGAUUUAAAAAUGUCCAGGGAAGAACUGAUACUCACAGGACUAGCGAGGUUGCAAGUCAUGCGUGAACAGAUGGAACAUAUUGUUAAUUUACAUGUCGUAUCUAACAGCUAAAGAGGGGUCAUGGAUCUCAUUCGUAUACUAUGAGUUAUAAUGCCAAAGGAUUUCGAAGGCUUUUGGGAUGUAUAUGGACUUAUAAUUAUAAAGACAAAGUCAUGAAAGUCACAUUCAUUUACGAAGUCAAAGUCCCAUUCAUUUCGUGCAAUAUUAUGUUACUAACAAGACAAAUGUCUUCCAUGAUCACGUAUUGUUAACUGAUGCAUUAUAUUUUGAAAUAUAAAUGAAUAAAUUGUUAAAUAUAUCAAUGUAAAACUUGAAUUUAGUUGAGAUAAUAUACAAGGGGAAAGAACAAGUGGUAUUUUUGUCUUUCAAAACAGCCGAAUUCGCAGCCAAAAGUAUUUUAUUUCUCG